AUGUUGCGGCACCAGAUCUUGGCUUAUCGACUGAAGGAUGAAUAUCCCUUCGAUCCUAAUUACCCAUACCGACCGAAGAAGGCAAGCCUGGACGAACUGCUGGCGUUCGAGAAGGAAUUGGGCAUUGAUCAUGUCUGCCUUAUCUGCAUGUCAGUGUAUGGUACUGACAACCGCUCCAUGAUGGCUGCUCUCCGGCAAUUGAAGGGCCAUGCUCGAGCAAUUGUAUGUAUCGACCCUGCCACCAUUACGGAACAAGAACUGCAAGAGAUGCACCAGUUGGGAGCUCGGGGCGUCCGAGUCAACCUGAAAACCCGCAAUGAGCAGAUUUCCAAAGAAACCUUGGCUGCGAAACUUCUUCAGUACGCGGACAAAAUUCGUCACCAUGGCUGGGUUAUCCAGGUCUACUUUGCCCUUGACCAGAUCCCUCUCAUCGUAGACGUGAUUCCGGAGCUGAACAUUCCGCUGGUGAUUGAUCAUAUGGGGUCCCCCAAUCAAAGCACACGGCCUUCUGAUCAACCAGGAUAUGCAGAAUUACUCAACCUGCUCGAACGCAAGCUUGUGUGGGUCAAAAUUAGUGGGAUAUAUCGCUUUCCUAACACGCCUGAGCUUGAUGCGUAUGGAAGGGAGAUAAUUCGGAAGGCUCCUACGCAAGUCGUCUGGGUUAGUGACUGGCCACACUCAGGGGGAGUGGAGAAAAACAUCAAUGGAAAUCGUCACGUCUAUCAAGAUUAUCGGAAGAUUGACGAUGCUGCAUUUGUUGAGAAGUGUUUGGAAUGGUGCGACUUCGACGAGAAAAUAAUUCAGUUGUUGUUCGUCGAGAAUCCGAGAAGACUGUGGAGGUAUGAGGGAAUACAGCAAUGA